GCCGAGAGGGUCAGGGGGAGGAGAGGAAAGGGAGUGGAGCGCGAGAAGACGACCGGAGGAGAUCCAGCACACAGAGACCAAUUUACCCGGACCAUCCUCUUUGCACAGCACCGGGCUACACACGGUCCUCCGCUCCGGCCCGACAACCCGCGACCGAAUCGGUGUAACCCUCCGCGAUCCGGUCGGGGAACAGAAAACAAGAAGAUGAUCACGGCUCAGUGGAAGCUGUGGAGAUAGGCCUGGAAGCAGAGACUGGUCAUCUCAUUAACCUUGGUCUCUGACUGCUGUCCCUGGCACAACAUCUGGGGCUUCGUGAGGCGACUGGUGCGCCUUUUGACCCCAUCCGGUCAGUCCCACCCUGUGGCCCCCGCAGCGUGGCCUCUACAAACCCUUCCUUGUUACUUCAAUUUGUCCGCGGGGAUAAAUGAGUGAACCGGCUGCAAGGGAAAGGGCUGGGACAUGUACCAGAACCCCAACAGAAUGUCCUGGUUCAGUGGGUUCCUAGUCGCCAGAGUGGACGACCGCAAGACCGCGUGGGGGGAGCGCAAUGGCAAGAAGUCCAAACGAAAGGGAGGCUCAUCUCUCUGCAACCCGCGUUACAUGAGCUGUCUGCGGGACCCAGAUGCUAUGGAGCCCCCUUCCGGAGCCCCCCUCCAUCAGCACCACCGCGGAGGGGGGUCUGGGGCCGUGGGAGGCGGGGGAAACUUCGGCGUCCGUUGCGGGUGGCAGGAGGACCACUACGGCAAAAGGGGAGGGGCUCCCGGGGAAGGGGUGGGGCUGAAAUCGGUCGACUUGGCCUUUGAGGAUGGCGAGUUGAAAGGGAGGAAAGGGGGAUGCAACGGAGGAAGCGGGGACGCGGGCAACGACGGUCCCAACGGCGCAGCGGGGGUGGUGACGGCUGCGGACUGCUGGCUCAGGGUGGUGCAGGUGUUCCAGUCUAAAAAAUUCCAGUCCCGCAAACUGGAGCGCCUAUACCAGCGUUACUUCUUCAGACUGAACCAGAGCUCCUUGACCAUGCUCAUGGGGGUGCUUGUGAUCGUGUGCGGCAUCAUGCUGACCUUCCACUGUGUCCACGCCGCCCCUCACGUGGCCUACUCGUCGGCCCUGUCGGUGGCGAUGGCACUCUUCAUGGCUCUCAUGGUGGUGUGCAACCGCAACGGCUUCCACCAGGACUACAUGUGGAUGGUCAGUUACCUGGUGAUCGGGGUCCUGCUCUCCGUGCAGGUGUUCGGGGUGCUCAUGGUGGCACCCAGGAGCGCCUCGGAAGGCAUCUGGUGGUCCGUGUUCUUCAUCUACAUCAUCUACACCCUGCUGCCCGUGAGGAUGAGAGCGGCCGUGGUGAGCGGAGCGCUGCUGUCCAUCAUACACGUGGUCACGUCAUGGCAGAUCAAUCAAGAAGACCAGUUCCUCUGGAAACAGGUGAGCGCUAAUGUCCUGAUCUUCCUGUGCACUAACAUCAUCGGCAUCUGUACCCACUACCCCGCCGAGGUUUCCCAGAGGCAAGCCUUCCAGGAGACCAGAGGAUACAUCCAGGCCAGGCUACACCUGCAGAGGGAGAAUCAACAACAGGAACGUCUGUUGCUUUCAGUGUUGCCAAGGCACGUUGCCAUGGAGAUGAAGGCUGACAUCAAUGCCAAGAAGGAAGACAUGAUGUUCCAUAAAAUCUAUAUCCAGAAACACGACAAUGUCAGUAUUCUGUUUGCCGACAUCGAGGGCUUCACCAGCCUGGCCUCCCAGUGCACGGCUCAGGAGCUGGUCAUGACCCUCAAUGAGCUCUUUGCCCGCUUCGACAAGCUGGCGUCGGAGAAUCACUGUCUACGUAUUAAAAUUUUGGGCGAUUGUUACUAUUGUGUGUCCGGGCUGCCUGAACCCCGCGCUGACCACGCCCACUGCUGUGUGGAGAUGGGCGUCGACAUGAUAGAGGCGAUCUCGCUGGUGCGCGAGGUGACGGGGGUCAACGUGAACAUGCGCGUGGGGAUUCACAGCGGGCGAGUGCACUGCGGCGUGCUGGGACUCAGGAAGUGGCAGUUUGACGUGUGGUCAAACGAUGUCACGCUGGCCAAUCACAUGGAGGCGGGAGGCAAAGCGGGGCGGAUCCACAUCACGAAGGCCACCUUGCAGUAUCUCAAUGGAGACUAUGAGGUGGAACCAGGUUUUGGAGGUGAGAGGAACGCGUAUCUGAAGGACAACAGCAUCGAGACCUUCUUGGUUCUCGGCUGCAGCGAGAAACGGAAGGAGGAGAAGGCAAUGAUGGCGAAGAUGCAGCGGACGAGAGCCAACUCUAAUGAGGGCCUGAUGCCACGCUGGGCCCCCGACAGAACCUUCUCCAGGACCAAAGACUCCAAAGUCUUCAGGCAAAUGGGGAUUGAUGAGACCUCCAGUAAAGACAACCGUGGCGUUCAGGAGGCCAUAAACCCGGAGGACGAGGUGGACGAGUUUCUGGGGAGAGCCAUCGACGCUCGCAGCAUCGACCAGCUGAGAAAAGACCACGUGAAGAAGUUUCUACUCACCUUCCAGACGUCGAGCCUGGAGAAAAAGUAUUCCAAGAAGGUGGACGAUCGUUUCGGAGGCUACGUUGCGUGUACUCUUCUAGUAUUCUGCUUCAUAUCCUUCAUACAGAUUGUUAUCUUUCCACACACCCCGGUCAUGCUGGGAAUCUACAUCAGUAUCUUCGUCAUUCUCGCCAACAUCCUUUUUAUUUGUGCCAUAUAUUCUUGCAUCAAGCUCUUUCCGGCUGCAAUGCAGACUGUUUCAAAGAAGAUUGUCCAGUCUCGCACCAACAGCACCCUGGUCGGAGUAUUUACCAUCAUCCUCGUUUUCAUCUCUGCCUUUGUUAAUAUGUUUGCCUGUGACACCAUGAGCUUGCAACAAUGUGUUGCCGAGAAGCUGAACACCACUGCAGCGCUGGUGACGCCCUGUUUGAUCCGCAGCUUGAAUGUGUCCAUCGAAGGGGGUCUGGAGAUCUGUCCUAGCCGAGGCCCCUCCUGCCCUUUUCCCGAGUAUUUCAGCUACAGUGUGCUGCUGACGUUGCUGGCCUGCUCGGUGUUCCUGCAGAUCAGCAGCAUAGGGAAGCUGGCCCUCAUGCUGCUGAUCCAGCUCACCUUCCUGCUGCUGGUGGAGUGGCCACAAGUAGCACUAUUCGACAACGCAGACCUCUUUGUCACCUCCAAUGCCAUUGAUUUAAAUGAAACUAGUGCUCAAUGGUCCAGUUUCAAUGAAACUUCAAACCAGUGCCCAUUCGUUGUGACCAAAGUGUCCCUGAGGGUCAUGACUCCAGUGAUCCUCACUGUAUUUGUCCUGGCACUGUACCUGCACGCCCAGCAGGUUGAAUCCACCGCACGCCUCGACUUCCUGUGGAAACUACAGGCCACAGAGGAGAAGGAGGAGAUGGAGGAACUGCAAGCCUACAAUCGUCGCCUCCUCCAUAAUAUCCUGCCUAAGGACGUAGCCGCUCACUUUUUGGCGCGCGAGCGGCGCAACGACGAGCUGUACUACCAGUCCUGCGAGUGUGUGGCCGUCAUGUUCGCCUCCAUCAGCAAUUUCUCCGAGUUCUACGUGGAGCUGGAGGCCAACAACGAGGGGGUGGAGUGUCUCCGGCUGCUCAACGAGAUCAUUGCCGACUUCGACGAGAUCAUCAGUGAAGAGAAGUACAGGCAGCUGGAGAAGAUCAAGACCAUCGGCUCCACCUACAUGGCUGCGUCCGGUCUCAACGACUCCACCUACGACAAAGAGGGCCGCUCGCACAUCAUCGCUCUGGCCGACUACGCCAUGAGACUGAGGGAGCAGAUGAAGUACAUCAACGAGCAUUCCUUCAACAACUUCCAGAUGAAGAUAGGUCUGAACAUUGGACCGGUGGUAGCUGGGGUUAUUGGUGCACGGAAGCCUCAGUACGAUAUUUGGGGCAACACGGUCAAUGUGGCCAGUCGUAUGGACAGCACAGGUGUACCUGACUGCAUACAGGUGACCACGGACCUCUACCAGGUGCUCGCAAACAAAGGGUACGUGCUGGAGUACCGGGGGGUGGUGAAGGUCAAAGGUAAAGGGGAAAUGACCACCUACUUCCUGAACGAAGGACCGCCCAGCAGUUAGCGGCCGCAGCAGCAGCGACGCGGGCACGAGCCCCCCCCCCCCCCCACACACACACACACACUUCAGAGACAACAGCGCCACCUAGCGAGGACUCACAGUGUGAGCGAAUGGCUUCAAAAGAAAAACUAGAGACGGCCGGAGGAGAGAAAAAAAACUCAACUUUUAAAAGACUUCAAAAAGGAAAUUGUUCUUGAUGAGAGGAAAAAAAGUUCUCGUUUGGCAGCCAUUUUGGCUCACAUUACAUGUGUGAAGGACACGUGUUGUUCUCAUGUCUAGCUAGCCUCUCUCUCAGGCUUCUUGAAAGAUGCAAAGUCUGUUUAUUUAAAACAACGCCUUUUAGCCUGUGUCAAAAGAAGAUUAACGCUGUACAUAAGGCUACUUUUUAUUUUUACUCUUGAAGUUUGUUGGUUUUCUUUCUUCUUUUUUAAAAUAUUUUUAAUUUCAACAUGAAUUAUGAACAGGUACUUAUACUUUUGUUUUCUGAAUUAAUUAUUUAUUUAGAUCUCGAUGUUUUGUGCAAAAGGUCCUUUAUGAAAAAGUGUGGAUACAUGCGUGCACAAAUAUCCAGUUUAUUACACGUUUAUAAGUGUGUAUGUACAUGCAUAUUUGUGUGUGUAUGCAUAUAUGUAUAAACUGAGGAGGAAUAUAUUGACCAAAGACUAAAGUAUUUACUAAAAGCAAGGCAAGACAUGUUUGAUAUGUUCUCGCUAAAGUCAGCAAUGAUCACCCCCUGUUUUUUGGGGGGAGGGGGGGGG